AUGGGUAUCUCCCGUUCAUCUCGCCACAAACGUUCGGAGACUGGUGCUCAACGCGCCCAUUAUCGCAAGAAGAGAAAGUUCGAGCUCGGUCGCCAACCAGCCAGCACCAAGCUUGGCCCCAAGCGGGUUCACACUGUCCGUGUUCGUGGUGGAAAUUUGAAGUACAGGGCUCUUCGCCUUGAGAGCGGUAACUUUGCAUGGGCUUCGGAGCAUACUACUCGCAAGACUAGGAUUAUCUCUGUGGUCUACAACGCCUCAAACAACGAGCUCGUCCGCACCAACACUCUUGUCAAGAGCGCCAUCAUCCAGGUCGAUGCUACUCCCUUCCGCCAGUGGUAUGAAUCCCACUACGCCCAACCCGUCACUAAAAAGGGCAAGACUGCUGCUCCUGCUGAGGGCGCAACUGAGCCCGUGAAGCUUUCCAACCACGCCCAACGCAAUCUCGACUCAAGGAAAAAGGAGGCCAAGAUUGAUCCUCUACUUGAGACCCAAUUCGCUGCUGGUCGCCUUUAUGCUGUCAUCUCGAGUCGUCCAGGCCAAUCAGGUCGUGCUGAUGGCUACAUCUUGGAGGGAAAGGAACUCGAGUUUUAUCUCAGGAAGCUGAGGACUGGCAAGCAGAAGCAUGCCCACGCUUGA